UUCAAUUCUAACUGGGGAUGUGUUCUGUGUCGUCAAUUUGUCAGAACGGUUUAUCAACAACACUAAAGUGUUUAUUGUAUUGAUUUAAUUUACCAGGACUUAACUCUGUUAACUCAUCAGGAGAUACAAUUUAAAACUACUAAUCAUUCAAAUGUUGGAUUCAUCUCCGGAGGAAGAGGAUUUUCCUGGCAGGUUACUGCAUCAAGCUGCAUUAUGGGACAAUACGGAAUUACUUGAAGAUCUUCUAGAAGGUGGGCAGCAUGCAUUUCUGAACUCUCAGGACAGUUGGGGAAGAACUCCCCUUCAUGCAGCCGUCAUUAGCGAAAAUUCGAAGUGUUUGCAGUUGUUGUUAAAUGCAGGAUCGGAUGCAAAUGUUCAAUGUGGUCCCAGAGGUGAAUACAAGACCCCUCUGCAUGUAUGUGCGGAAUAUGGUCACUUGAACAACAUUAAGACUUUGCUGCAACAUAAUGCAAACAUCCAGAUAAAAGAUGGAAAUGGAUUAACUGCAUUAAAUGUUGCUGAAAACUGCGGACAAACCAAAUGUGCUCAACUAAUUAAAGAAGCUGCUGAUGCCAAAGAAAAAGCCAGACUCGACAUCCAUGCCGCCAUUGGCCACGCUUGUUCUCAGGGGGAUGUGAACUCAGUGCAACAACUCUUAUCCUCCUUGCAAAACGAUGCGGAACUCAUUGUUAACAUGGCCCCAAGCGGGGCCAAUACAUUAUUAUUUUCUGCCUGUGAAGUGGGCAAUCGUCAGAUAGUAAAACUCCUGUUGGAUUUUGGAGCUGACGGAAGAUGCCAUUCUGUUACAAAAUAUUCUCCUUUGUACAUAGCUUCUUAUCAAGGUCAACGGGAAGUUGUAGAAAUGCUUUUGAUUAAAUUUCCAGAACUGGUUCAGCAACAUACUGUCGAAAGAUGGCUGCCAAUACAUGCUGCAUGCAUCAAUGGCCAUUAUGCCAUUUUGGAACUUUUAUUUUAUUUUCCUUAUCCAACUCGCGUUCUGCGAAAAUAUAGGGAUGCUUCUGAACAAUGGGAAUAUUACAUGCCGUUUGAUAUAAACGAAAGAGAUGCAACUGGCCAAAAUAUUUUAUAUGUGGCAUCUUUAUUAGGGAACAAGAAGUUAAUCGAUGUAAUACUGCACUUUAAAGUCAAAGCUACUCGCAUUAUACAGUCUGGAAGUUCAGAAGAUGAUUUGACUCCUUUAUCUGAAUCUGUAGUAAGUCCAACUAGAAGACGUAUUUCAGACGGGAUUAUGAGUAUUAUGUCAAAGUUGCACAUCUCAAAAGAUUGUUCGGCAGAUAACGAGUUUGACGGUAACACCAAACCUGUAUGUCCCCUUCGUAUCGAUAUGUACUGCAAUAAUAAUACAGAAACAGCACUACAUGCCGGAAUUAGAGGCAAGCACUAUGACAUAACAUUAGCUCUAUUAAACGCAGGAGCAAAUGCAAACGCUAUUAUAAAGCCGUAUCAUAACAUGAAUGAUGAUGUCAGCUCUUGUUCAAUAGAGGAUGAUUUAAACUAUACAUCAUCGGGCCUUGUAGAAGCUUGCCGAAAUCGUGAUGUUCCUAUUGUAGACCUCCUGCUCAAACGUGGAGCUAGAGAUGAUGACUGCAAAGCUUUAGUGAUAGCUGUGACUAACAAAGAUGAGACCCUGAUAGCAAAACUUUUGUCUACCAAAGCACAUCCUGAUCCAGAGUACAAGAUAAAUAAAAAGUCCAUGACGGAAAAUAUAAACUCCACUCAUAUAACUAUGUUUGCCAACAUUUCAAGCUUGACUUACUCCAGCUUAUUCCCAAAUACUCCUACCAUGAUCAAUUGGCACAACCAAAAAUGUGGUUUAAGUGAAAUAAAACUUCAAUGGCUUAUUGAUGCUGCCUUAAAUCUAAAUCCGAAGCUGAAGCAAAAUCCACGAAGCUACGAUAUUGCCUUGUUUUCUAUAACGAGAUUGGACGUGUCAAACAAUAACAUCAGCCAAAUUCCAUUGGGCGUAUUUCAACUGCAGAGCUUGAAAUAUUUAAAUUUGUCUCAAAAUAGAAUUGAGAUAUUGCCUAUUCCUGAGGUACCACCAGUCAAAAAGGGGUCCAAGAGGAAAGUUAGAAAAGAAAAUUUGAGUUACUGCUGCCCGCUUCUGGAAGAGUUGUAUUUGCAAGAAAAUAGACUGAAUCAAGUUCCAGAUGCAAUUUUCAAAUUACCUAAUUUAAUAACGUUGGUUAUUUCAAAUAAUAAGCUGCAACACUUGCCUUACGAUAUGUGGAUGGCUCCGAAAUUGAAAGAAUUAAAUGCCUCAUUCAACCUUUUAAAGGAAUUACCUUCAGCACCCAAUGAGGUAAAAGAAAAUUUGGACAGAAUGAGCGUUAGUUCAAGCGAGAGUCAUCUAUCUAAUUUAACUGAAAACGAUUCCGAAAGUGAAAUAACCGAGUUUGAUAAAAUGCUUUGUCACGAGGAGUCCGUUCCUGCAGUAAAAUACCGAAAGAAAGAAAGGUCAUAUUUUCAAUUGGACGUAAAUCACCAUCACAUCUGGAGCAAAAAUGUAGAAGUAACUGAACAAAUAUUCCAUUACGAUGAAACGUCUCUCGAAAAGUGUUCUCAACUCUCCGCUUUAAAUCUGGCCCAUAAUUUAUUUACCAGCAUUCCAGUGGUGCUUCCUUGCCUGGCAGUAAAUCUUACUAGACUGAAUAUGGCUUUCAAUACUUUGAGGUCUAUGUCUCAUAUUACCAGCUAUCCAAGUUCCUUGAAACAGUUAGAUUUGAGCCAUAACCAGAUCACCGUAUGGCCUAGCCUUCCACAGGUUGAGGCUCACGAUAAUAUGGAACUAGCUAAUUUGGCUUGUUAUAUGGAUAAUGUAGCUUUUAAAGGCAAGUCUGCUGAAGUCGGCGUCAGGAGACAUUCUUCAAGAUCAGUUAGACAUACAGUGUUACAUUCUGUGUGUAUCCACAGGAGACAUUUGCGCCUUGAUAAUUUAAGAACCCUAAUAUUGGCAGACAAUCAGUUCAAUCGGAUUCAACUUAGUACUGAUGAUAAUGGUGAUAUUAGCGGUACGGAUGAUGAGGAACCAGAAAGAAGUCCUCAAACUAUUAAGGCCAGACUGAUGUUUCCUAAUUUGUCCAUGCUCGAUAUGAGUAAUAACAACAUUAGGGAAAUCCCUAUUAAUAUAUAUGAACUAACUGAUUUAUCAGUUCUGAACAUAAGUGGAAAUCUAGGAAUAACCGAGCUCCCACCACAGAUGGGAUUGUUAUCUCGCUUGUGGAAUUUGAACACGAGAGGUUGUUCCUUACAAGAUCCGCUAAAAUUCAUGAUCGAAAGUAAAAAAUAUAAAACAAUGGACAUAAUCGGUUACUUAAAAUCAGUACUGGAAGAUGCCAAGCCUUAUGCACGAAUGAAACUUAUGAUAGUGGGCGUUCAGGGGAUUGGAAAAACCAGCUUAUUGGAUCAAUUGCGCCAGGAAGGUAGCACGAGGAAGCGACCUGAACACUGGGGAAAAAGAAUGGGAAAUAAAAACAUCAAUACUAAAACAUCCAGAGGCAGUAAUAUGUCUACCGUUGGUGUUGAUAUUGGUGACUGGGUAUAUGAGAAAAAAGUCAGAAAUCAGUCAGUUCAUGGUCCAGUUAUUUUCAGAACUUGGGAUUUUGGUGGUCAGAAAGAGUACUAUGCAACGCAUCAAUAUUUUCUUUCAAAACGGAGCUUGUAUUUAGUAGUGUGGAAAAUCUCAGAUGGUCACCGGGGAAUAAACGAAAUUUUACAAUGGUUAGUGAACAUACAGGCUCGAGCUCCCAAUUCUCCAGUGAUUAUAGUCGGUACACAUUAUGACGUGGUCCAAGAGUUCAGCCCAAACAUUUCAGAAGAAUAUCAGCAAAUGAUUCGAGACCGAUUCAUCAAUAUAGUGGAUGCUGAGAAAAUGGGACUGCCGAGGGUCUUAGAUACUAUAGAAAUAAGUUGUAAAACGAGACACAAUGUGAAACUUCUGUGCAAUUUGAUUUAUGAUACAGUUUUCAGUUUGCGACCUCCAGGAAGCAAAGAAUUACUUUUGGAGCAAAAAGUACCCGCAACUUACUUAGCACUGGAAGAUAUUGUAACCUCAGUUGCCGUUGAAAGGAGAGUUAAUGGUUUAGAUCCGGUAUUAACUUCAGAUCAAUAUAAGUCCAUUAUGACUUUGGAAAUGCAACAGCGUUAUAACAAGUCAUUUAGGGAUUCGGCAGAAUUGCAUCAAGCGACUUUGUUUUUACACGAAAAUGGUGUAUUAUUACAUUACGAUGAUGCGACACUCAAAGACUUGUACUUUCUGGAUCCACAGUGGCUGUGUGAUAUGUUGGCUCAUGUGGUAACAAUCCGAGAAAUUAACCCGUUUGCUCGAACAGGAGUAAUGAAACUAGACGAUCUGAAGCAUGUGUUUAAAGCUAGUAAUAUUGGCCCUAUUGACACUAGGGGAUAUGUGGUAAAUUUGCUCAAUAAGUUUGAGGUUGCCUUAACAUGGGAUUCACGUACAUUAUUAAUACCAUCAUUGCUUCCUUCUGAAGAAGACAUGAUCAUUGCCCAAAUGUAUCCAGGACAAGCGGUGCAACCUCUAGUUAAAGUCAAAGUUCCUCUCAGAUCUCGGGGUUGGGCCGUGCGGAGCAAGAAACUAACAGUUUCGCCAAAAUCUGUAUUGUACAAUACUGACGGCUCGAAAGGGUUUCAGUUGACUAUGGCCGCUAAUUUAUCGUCGAAAAUUGUUGAACAUCAGGAGCUGAUCCAGUACGAAGUUACUUCAAGGCACACAGAUCAGUCCAUUACCCGAUUACUUCUUAUGUCCUAUUUUCCAUCAGGAUUUUGGUCUAGAUUGAUUUCGCGGAUUUUAGCAGACGACUCGAUAAUCGAUAUAAUCAGAUCGUUUUUUAUUCUGCCAAAGGAAGCAGCACAAGAUGCGCACUUAGCUAAAUGCUUGGACCUAAACGCCGAAUGGGUAUUGUGGCAGACUGGAUUACAGCUAAAAUAUGGAGAUAUAACUUUGUUUCGGUUGAAGGAGGUUUUGCACAAUACUGCUGCUCACUAUCGGCAAUUAAAAUUUAAAAUAAAACAAGACAGUGUUUGGUGCGACGUGGACCUUCAGAAUUCGUCAAUAUUAGAAAUUCAAUUUCCUGUCGAUUCAUUGAUUGUGAAACCAAAAUUGUCCGAACAUUCGGAUAUGAGUCAGUGCAUAAUUAAAGACGAAUUAAUCUUAGAGUGCACUAAAGAGUCUACAGCUCAGUUAUUAGCUCUAGCUGUAGAUCAUAUAGAUAUUCUUUUGGAAGACUGGUAUCCUACUCUUGGAACCCGAUUUGUGCAUACUUCAGAGGGCAAGUUCUUGAUUACGCGAUUGGUGCCUUGCCCUGACUGUAUGGAUCAAGCCCCACACGAUCAUGACAAUUUUGAUACUAGUCAACCUUCUACAUCCCAAGUCCAGGAUCUGUUACGUGGGGAAGCAGAUCAAAGUAGGAUCUAUAAUCGAGAUAUGCAUCGAAUAAGAAAUUCUCAAGAAUCUUCCACUUCGGAAGGGGACAGUGGAGUAGAUCCAGACUCGAGUGUUUCAAGUAGGAAUGUAUCAAUGGAAGGACAUCCUAAUUUACAUCAAGAUGAAGUUCUUAAGACGCCGAUUUAUUAUUCCUGGUUGGUCGAAGAAUGUAUAUUGGCAUCGUAUAAUGAGAGGUUUUUAACUUGUCCAUCUCAUGGAGAAGUAAAGUUGGCACGAAUUGCUCCCGAUACGAUGUUUCUUGAUCUUGGCGAGAAAUACAUAAUAAAACCGGAAAGUAUUAAGAAAGGCAAAUUACUAGGUCGUGGAGCGUUCGGUUUUGUAUUCAAAGGUGCUUGUAAAGUGAGGGGUUCAAAUAACGUUAUCGACGUUGCGAUGAAGAUGCUCCAACCCGUUCAACCUGGACCAAACGCUCGCCAAUCGGCCAUUUUAGCUUACAAAGUAGCUCAAGGAAAAUGGGAUCGAGAUCCGCUGCAGUAUGCUUGUAAAGCAUAUUGCACAGCCAGACAAGAGCUGAAUAUUCUACUCAGCUUACGACAUCCAAAUAUUGUCCCUUUUGUGGGAGUUUGCACCAGUCCCUUGGCUCUCGUUCUCGAUUUGGCACCGCAGGGAGCAUUAGAUUUAGUUUUGAGACACUAUCGUAGAUCUGGAGCGAAAGUUGGACCAUAUACAACUCAGGCAGUCAUUUUACAGGUGGCCAAAGCUGUUGAAUACCUACACCGGCAACAUAUUAUCUAUCGUGACUUGAAGUCUGAAAAUAUUUUAGUAUGGGAUAUGCCACCUCCAUUUAUUGAUCACCCCGAUUAUCCCGUUCACAUUAAAGUGGCGGAUUAUGGCAUAAGUCGGCUUACGCUGCCAUCUGGGACCAAAGGUUUUGGCGGCACCGAAGGUUUUAUGGCUCCCGAAAUAAUGAGAUACAAUGGUGAAGAGGAGUACACCGAAAAAGUUGACUGUUUCUCGUUUGGAAUGUUUAUUUACGAACUACUAACAUUGCAUCAACCGUUUGAAGGACACGAAUCUGUGAAAGAGUGCAUACUGGAAGGAGGCAGGCCGCCUUUAACUUACAGAGAAACGCUGUAUCCAAGCUACUUCUUGGAUUUAAUGGUUCUAUGUUGGUCUCAACAGCCAAAAGACCGACCGACCGCAAGUCAGAUAGUGUCUAUUGCCAGUGCACCAGAAUUUACGCAUUUGUGCGACGUAGUGUCUUUGAAACAUAGCGCUUCAGUAGUAGCGUCUACUAGUGCAGCUCUGACAUACAUCACGGAUGAUGGAUUGUCGGGAUCAGAGAUGUGGCUAAUGUGCGAAAAUUCCAGAAUAGACCUGUUGCUUGCAGCUGAUAGGGGGUGGUUGCAAUAUCACACCAUGGCAUUGCCUAUUAAGCCUUCCGCCACCUGUACAGUUGGAGAUACUGUGUGGAUUGGAGACUGUUCGGGAUCUAUUCAUGCAUAUUCUUCUAGCGAUGGUAGAAAGCUAUUUAAUUAUGCCCUCGAAACUGAACCAGAGUCCCAGGUUCAAUCAUUAGUUUACCUUGCCCCAUUUAAACGAGUAGCUUGUGCAUUGUCAAAUGGCAGACUGUUCUUAGUCGAUUCUGAAAUUCGACCAAUGACACCUACAGCUGCAGAAGGGACAUUUGUAAUGACCGAGCUGGGCUUAACUUCUGGAAUCAAUUGUAUGUGUUCGAUAUUCAGGGAAGGAGAGCGGGUUUGUGAGUUAUGGUGUGGAGGACCUAAUGGACAAAUUACUAUAUACACAAUAAAAGACCAAGUUGUAGCAAGUCAUGAAGUCUUAAAUCAUUAUCAACCAGUAAUCGAUUUGGUAGACGUAAUAAAUCUAGUAUCAACUGAAAAUAUGGUAUGGUCUUAUGUGAGACCCGGUUGCGUGGUGUAUCAAUGGGACGUGAAGACUCGAUCGAUUGCUAACAAACUGGAUUGUUCAAAGUUGGUUCCCUGUUCCGAAAGUUUAAAGUCAAUUGCUAUCGAGGAACAUUUGAGUCCAACAAAUUGCCAGGUUUCCACACUGGUUGUACUAAAUGAUGAAAUUUACAUUGGAACCACUUGGGGAUGUGUGAUUAUAGCAGAAAAAUCGACGUUAAGACCUAUAACGAUUUUCAGACCUUACGAAGAAGAGGUUAAAUUGAUAGUUCCUUUAGCAGUACCAAAGAGCAUUAACGAGAGUCACGAAAAUACACCUUUAAUAGCCACAAUAGGUAGAGGCUACCGCAGUUUAUUGUCCAGGUACACCGACGUACCAUUUCCUGUGGGAACUCCACUUGCCAGUCCUAUGCCAACGAGUUAUACCACGUAUUUGAAUAAACCCAACAUGUUCAUAUUGCUUUGGAAAGCAGAGCAUUGGAGUGCGGUUUAAAUCACUUUCUCUAAUAAGAUUUUAUCUAUUAAUUAGCCGAGUGAAAUAUGGAUGUUUUUCAAUUACUGAAAAUUAAUUAUUGAUGUAUCUGAAUAUAUUGUAUUCAAAUAGUGUGCUAUUGCAUUGAGACGGUUCCUAAUUUUAAGCAGCUUUUACAGUCAUUCUCGAAGCAUGACGAAUGAAAAUGUCAUUAAGGUUGUAUACUUUAGUGGCUUCCGUUCCAAGGACCGUUGUAGAAUAGUUUGAGAUUCAAAAUGAAUAAAAAACCUUAAUGUGUCACUAACAAGACAUGUUAUGGUCAAUCACAGGCAAUUUGUAGCGUUUGUCCACAAACUUCCUUGAAAAAAAAAUUAUGGUUUUGAGUUAAGUUAUUUACAGUCCGAGUCAAAUGGAGGAAAAAUACGUUUUGGUGGUUUAGACCUAGAUAUUUUGUAGCUCAGAAACUAGGGCGGAUUCGGUAAUAGCUUAUAUGAUCAACUACACGUGUUUUUAUAUUUGAAAUCAUACUGUAUAAAAGUGUAUUUUACUUAAAGUGUUAAUCCUAGAUAUAUUAGAAGUUCAAUAUUUUGUAAAGAUAUUUUUUGAAGUGUUUGGGUUAAUAACUUUUAGUAUUAAAACUAAAACCACUCAGUUUCCUUUUAGUCCUUAAGAUGGCUCAAAUAUAGCCGUAGCGUUGGCCCAAAAAAAUGUUUUUGUAUCUAUGGACCGAUUAACCCAAGCAUCUCAACAAACUUCGAAAAAAUAUUUCGCCAAUUAGCAUCCUUGUCAACAAACUGCAAUAUUAUUUUGGAUUAUAUACGUUUUAAAACAUACAUUUUGCCGGAAUAUUAGCUGAAUCAGUUUACAGUUUACCAAGAAAGGUUUUGUUCUUUCUGUCCUACAUUUUCUUAUUCUCAAGUGUUUGUAGAGUUCGGUUGAUAUUUGUUGAUGCUUGACUGUAUGUUGCACUGACGAAAUUAUUAUACAUUAUACAUAACAAUUUAGAUAUGGUUGGCAUCGCAAAAAAUUUGAAAUAGUUUAGUUAUAAAACUUACCCCAUUUAAAUAUAUUUUCAAUUCGAUUAAAGUUUUUCAAUGAAUUAUCAAUAAUAUGAAGCAUUUAUUUUUAUGAAUCAUUUGAUCAAAUUUAUUACUAAAAGUAGUGCACCGAUCGAUGUAUUUGCAUUCCAAUUUGUAGUGGUAUUGUUAUUAAUUUUAAUUCUUUAUUUUUUGUGCAAGUGAUUUUUUAAAUUAUUUUUGCGUUUUUGUGUUGUUUAGAUUGUAAUAAUUUGGACUGUUUUCAUGAUCUGUGAUGAUUUCUCAAAAUAUGAAGAUAUUAUUAAUUA